CCUGUGAUUCACCAGCUAGUCUGCUGUGGGAAAGAUCUACGCUCUCAGGAAACAACCGAAGAUAUGAAAAACCUACUUUCGCAAAAGGUUUGCAUUGAAGCUGUUAUAAAUGAAUGGGUGCCAAAACGCCUUAUGAAGUUGUAUAUGGAUUUCUGUGAUAAGUCGACUGAAGCACCUAGUCAUAAGUUGCUGAAAAAAUUGUAUAAUUUGGAGGUUUCAGAAGAUGAAGUCAUUGUAUCAGAUUGUGUCUUACAGGAUAGAUCAAUAUUGUCUUUCUUACAUGCACUUGAGGUCCACAAAACAGUUGCACUAUUAGACAUUUCUUAUAAUUCCUUAGGAAACGAGACAAUGGAAAAAAUCCAACAGAUUUUUACCUCUUCAAACCAAAAAUAUGGUGGUCUAACUCUGGAUUUGCAUUGCAAUCGGUUUGGUCCAACUGCUUUAUUCGAGAUAUGUGAAUGCCCAGUCAUGUUCAAACGUCUUGAAGUGCUUAAUCUAUCUCAGAAUCGUCUCACGGAUGCUUGCAAUUCAUACCUUUCUACCAUCCUUGAAAAUUGUCAAGCACUCUACAACUUAAAAAUAGAACAAUGCUCUUUAACGUCUAGAACAAUUCAGAAGCUCGCAGACUGCUUGCAUGGUGGAUCGGUGCUUUCUCAUCUUUUGAUAGGAAAGAAUAAUCCUAUAUCUGCAAAUACGAUGGUUAAUCUGCUGUCCAAACUUUUAUCUUUGAAAUGGAAUUGGAGCUCUGUUGAAUGGAGUUCAACAGGAUCUGUCUGUCUGUUGCAUUACCUCUGAUUUUAUUGACAAAAUUUGUGGACAUAUUGUUCAGAUUAAUGAUAUUGUAGAGCUGAAUCUUGGAGGAAAUUCCAUUGGUGAUGAGGGUUGCUAUGCGUUGGAAUGCAUGCUUUCUGAUCCACAAUGCAGUGUUAAAUCUCUUAUUAUGGACAGAUGCCAUCUUGGGCUUGGUGGAAUACUUCAAAUUAUUAUUGCUUUAGCAG